AGUUAACCAAGGGGACGUGGACAUUCUGGAGAACCCAUCCCUGGCCUGGCUGAGCAGUGAGGACGCGGUCUGCAUACUCUUCCACUCUCGUUUUGGACGCUGACCUCUACCACUUUGUUUCACCUCCGUCACUCUUUACACUUCGACCCUUCUUCCCCUGCUUGCUUCAAUUGCGACUGCGACAGACACAACGACAUCCUCCGCCGCCGCCGGCGGUAUACAACAAAGACUCGCCCGCCCCCUUGCUGGGCACAUACCACACCUACCAAUAACCACAAUCGCAGGCAGCCUGACAGCCGCGACAGCACCAUGGCAGGCUCUACGCGCUAUAUGCGAUUCAUCAUCGGCGCCUUCGUAGCCAUCGUCUUUAUCUACUUCAUUACCGCCUCGAACUCGCGAGUACCUGGCUCUGACCAUAUUCAGUCAGCGACAGAGCUGCUUAAGGCGCAAGGUAUAUGGAAAGGGAAUCAGGAUGGCGGAUCCUCAUCGUCCAGCUCGGGCAGCACUUUUGUCAUUUCGGGCGACGACAAGGACAGCAAGCACGUCGCCGCGCCACAAGCUGCGUCCACUCAAAACACUUCGCCGAACCCAGCUGUGGGCUCUCAACAGCAGCUCCCUCCAACGUCCGCCCCAGGUCCGCGCAUGAACGCCACUUUCGUGACACUUGCCCGCAACAGCGAUGUCUGGGAAAUCUCAAGAUCCAUCCGCCAAGUCGAGGAUCGCUUCAAUCGCAACUACAACUACGACUGGGUGUUCUUGAACGACGCCGAGUUUGAUGACACUUUCAAAAAGGUCACCACCGCUCUCACUUCUGGCAAGGCGAGAUACGGCAAGAUCGACAAGGAACACUGGGGCUUCCCAGAAUGGAUCGACCAAGAGAAGGCUAAGAAGGUCAGAGAGGACAUGCACGAGCGCAAGAUCAUCUACGGAGACAGCAUCAGCUACAGACACAUGUGUCGAUACGAGUCGGGCUUCUUCUUCCGACACCCUCUCAUGCUUGAGUACGAGUGGUACUGGCGAGUCGAGCCUAGCAUUGAGCUCUUCUGUGACGUUGCAUACGAUCCGUUCAAGAUGAUGGCCGAGAAAAAGAAGAAGUACAGCUUCGUCAUUUCGCUUUACGAAUACGUCGAGACCAUUCCAACUCUGUGGGACAGCGUCAAGAAGUUCAUCAAGCAGCACCCAGAGCACAUCGCUGAGGGUAAUGCCAUGGAAUGGCUGUCAGAUGACGGCGGUGAGAGCUACAACCACUGCCAUUUCUGGUCCAACUUCGAAAUCGGCAAUCUCGAGUGGUUACGAAGCAAGGCAUACUUGGAGUAUUUCGACUUCCUCGACAAGGAGGGUGGGUUCUUCUACGAGCGCUGGGGCGAUGCGCCAGUCCACUCGAUUGCGGCAUCACUCAUGCUGAAGAAGGAGGAGAUUCACUUCUUCAACGACAUCGCGUACUACCACGUCCCAUUCACCCACUGUCCAACCGGAGAGCAGACUCGCCUUGAUCACAAGUGCCACUGUAAUCCCAAGGACAACUUUGACUGGAAUGGCUACUCAUGCACAAAACGAUGGUACGAAGUGAACAAGAUGCCUAUGCCUGAAGGCUACGAAAAGGAACAGUGACUGGCUGGGCGAUACGACAUGAUCGCGCUCGAGUGGCUUUGGCCUCUCAUCAUCCUAGGCGUCACGCUUGGCUUUAUCAUAGUCGUGCUGUUUGCUCGACCUGCGACAAAAGCAUACCACCAUUUGUCGCACCUUUGGCGAAGAAGACGAGCGAGUCGUUUCUCCGAGGUCAGGUUCGAAAUACGGGAGCAAGUACGAGCAAAAUGAAACUAUUCUUUGGAAAACGUUUGAUCCUCGCUGCAUUGGGAAUGGAGUUAUGAAAUACCCCUGGUGAAAGGGCUUUGUUGCGUGUAAGAAAUACGACGGGGAGAUGAAAGCGGCACGAAUGGAACGCCAGGUGGGUGGUACGGAAGCACUAGUAGAGGCAUCGGCGUUUUUGCAUACGAGUACACGAGCCAAGCUAUUUCGCGUUCGAGCAAGGGUUGAGCGAUUGCUCUUCUACGGGAGGACCUCUGUACCUGAUACCUGGCGGAAUCGAUCCAGCUCUACCAGAG